AUGGGGGCCAGCGGGGGGACGGGGGGACGGACGGACGGACGGACGGUAGGGCUUUCUGAGCCAGGGGAAAGGUGCUGGCAGGGGGCAGGCCAGAGACCCCCCCCCAUCAAUCCUCCUCUUAACCGCUUCUCUCCCGCCCUCCUCCUCCUCCCCCGCUUGUCUCCCCCUCCCCCCUUCGUUCCCUUUAUUUUUGGAUUGCAGGGGUUCCAGGAGGGGAACCAGCAACUGCUGCAGCCCGAGAAGGUGGGCUGGGUCCGGAAAUUCUGUGGGAAAGGGAUUUUUCGAGAGAUUUGGAAAAAUCGGUUUGUGGUGCUGAAGGGUGACCAACUUUACAUCUCGGAGAAGGAGCUCCGAGAUGAGAAAAACAUCCAGGAGGUGUUUGACUUGAACGAUUACGAGAAGUGUGAGGAGCUCAGGAAGUCCAAAAGCAGAAGCAAAAAAAACUAUAGCAAGUUCUCCCUCGCCCACUCCAAGGAGCCCGGCAACACCGCACCCAAUCUCGUCUUCCUGGCCGUGAGCCCCGAAGAAAAGGAAUCCUGGAUCAAUGUGCUCAACUCUGCCAUCAUCCGAGCCAAGAACCGCAUCUUGGAUGAGGUGACCGUGGAGGAGGACAGCUUUCUCGCCCACCCCACUCGGAACAGAGCGAAGAUCCAGCACUCCAGGCGGCCCCCGACCAGGGGCCACUUGAUGGCCGUGGCAUCUACCUCAACCUCUGACGGGAUGCUGACCCUGGACUUGAUCCAGGAGGAGGAGGCCUCCCCAGAAGGCCAUGACACCACCUGCGAGAAGAGUUUCCAGGUGGACCUAGACAAAUCAGCGGCCCAUUUCACCCCUGGCCGAAGGCGCUCUGGUUCAGAGAACGUCAACGACUCGGAGAAGAGCAAGAGCCUCCCACGGAGGAAGAACGUGCCUGGGGAGAAGCUCUCGGCUCGCAGGGAGGCCUUUGGCAAAGGGACCAUGUACACCCCUCAGGUCCCCAAGAAGCUCUCCCCCUUGGAGAAGAACAAAUGUGCCUCUAUGGAAGAAAUCCUCUGCUGCUGGGACUCUUCCUCAGCCAGGCAGGCGUCCCUGUGGACCGGCCUCAAGGACCAGGCGGCUUCCCCUGGGCCUGAGCCACUGGCCAGGAUACAGGAGCUGGUGGCCUUGCAGCUGGAGAAGACGCAGGGCCUGCUGACGGAAGCGAGGGGCUACGGGGGAGGGGCGCAAAAGGCACAGGAGCUCGGCUCGGCUGCUGCUGCUGCUGCCCCCCCCACCUGUGCCCCCUCCUCGCCCAAGCUGGACUCGGAGGCCACCUUGCAGGAGAUCCAGAGGCUGCUGGGUGAGGCCUCCUCCAACUGGAGCCAAGCCCAGAAGGUGCUGCAGGAGGUGAGAGAACUGAGGAGCCUCUAUCAGCAGCUGCGGCUCUCACGGCCUGCGCCCUCCCAGAGUCUGCUGCUGCCUCAGUACAGGAGGAGCCUGAUGUGAAGGCAAGCAGUGGGGCAACCUCUAGGAAAAACAGGGCACAGGGCAGCUAGGUGGGGAGCGGAUGUGCUGUUGGAAUUGAUAGCAUUUAAUGCUUCCCGGGUUCUGACUGUUACUCGAUCCUUACUCCUCACCAACUCAGUUUUUUCCCUCACUUCCCCCACAUUUAUUUGUCACCCAUUCCUCUCUUCCAACUUCAAGGCAGCCCAUUUCCAUGUAUCCUUUGUGUCUGUAGCCCCCAAAGGGCAGCAACUUAGAGGCGGCAUCUUGGAACGUAAUUUUUCAGAAACAGGGCGGUGUUCUGUUUUGGCCCCGGUGGAUUUCUCAGUGAACCUCUUUCCAAGCAAGAUUUCUGGUUUCUAAACCAUGAAGUCCUCCCACACAGAGGCCCCUCGGGUGCGCCACCCUUCCAAGCACCAGGAGACGUGGAUUGCACCUCAGGCUCCAGGGGGAUGUGGCCUCCUCGUCAGGGUCUCUCCUGGGUCCCCCUGGAUCCUCCGUGGCUGCUCUGCCACUCAGAAGGGUUAUUUCCCUGCUUGGGUCCAAGUCCUUGACUGGAGCCAGGGAAGCAUCUUCUGCCCUCGAUCCCAGGCAGUUCUGGUCCAUGGGCUUAAAGUUCAGGUGCUCCGUAACAUCGUUCCCCUUAAGUGCUUGGUGGGUUUUCCUUGUGGCUUUGCUCCCUUUCCCCCCCCGUCGCUUUCCUCAGCCCUGCUUCUGGCCUUCAGACCUAGCAACUCAUGAGCAGACCCGGCACUCCCUGCUCAGAAAGCCUGGCGAGCAUCCUGCGACUCUGCUUGCUGGCAGAACGUGUGAUGCCGCGUCAUCUUCUCCUCCUUUCAGUGCAACAGGAGAAGAGUAGCCAGAAGCAUUUCGUGGCCACCCGUGCCAAUCCAUCGCUCCUUUGGGAGAAGCCCUUGAUUUCAUUAGCUCAGAUUGGCCCCGCACCCUCGGCUGCCUGGGUGAAGGUUCAGAGGCAUCUUGUCCCUUUGAGCCAAGUCUCAUUCCCGCUCUGGUGAUGGGAGCAUAUCUUCUGCGGCAUCAGAAGAGAUGGCUCCCGUGUUCUGUUCGCUCCAUCAGCCACUGCCUUGCCCCGUUGACCAGUAAACCCCGUCCUGUUUCGUUUCCUGUUUCUGUCAUUGAUACUGAAGCACAGUGGACCCUGUGUUGGACAGGGGAACUCAAGAGGAAGCAUCUACUGAAUGUGGCCAUUACUCUCUGUUUAUUUGCAAAACGGUUUGCCUGUGGAGAGUGUCUUGGUAGUUGGAAGGGCUUUUCUCCAGUUAAAGUCAGAGCCAUCGGUUCACCGGUGCCUCCCGCGCUUCCUGUGUUCAGGGAAGCCCCAGCAAGGAGGGUUGAGGUCCAUAGGAUUUGUCCAGCCAGCCAGAUCUCACAGUGGAAAGGGCUUGAGAGAGUCACACCGCUCCCCUGUUCUGCGGUCAUUGCUCACUGCCUAAGGCAGUAGAGUGUCCCCUUGCGAUCUGCCUCUCUAGGGCCUCCGUCCUCCUCAUGCUGCUUCAGCUGAGAGUCGGGAAGUGAAGACCCGGCACAGGUUGCAUCUCAGGUACCUUCAUGUCUUGGCGGAUCCCCACUCUGCUAAGCUGGCCCACUUGGGUCCCCCACGGGUGGAGCUGGCCAAGAAGAAGAGUCCCAUUCUUGGUGUUUCCAUGGGUGGCUCUUUCUGCUCAGGCUUAAGAGAGAAUGAUGCCCAUGUGAGUCUUCCAGAAUCAUCCCUCGAGAAAGAGGAUUGGAAAUGGAUGCUUCAUAAUAAGACUUUCCAAUUGGCCUUAGGUGCCCUCCUUUCUCUUUUUUAAGGGAAGUUGAGAAAUUUAUUUUCCCUUUUCUUCUUUCUCCAAACUUAUGACACAGCCUUUUAGGGUGGAAGUGACCUUUGUGUUCAUUUUACAUCCCCCUGAGUUUUCUUAGGGAGUAACCACAUUCAGAAGUCAGAUUCACAUCCUGAUUCUGUAACAGGUAAAAGGCAGAUGCACAAAGUCAAAAUUCGCAUGUAGCUCAAUAAAAUUAAAAAGGGACAAGAAACUUGUUAGGUUUAGUUAGGGCAAUAGAGAAAUAUGGAAAUAAAUAAUUAGCCCUACCAAAGAGAAUUUUUUCCUUGCACUCUCUUUUCCCUGGAAAGGAUUGGGACCAUAAAUAACCAUAACAAAACCAAUGAAAGUAAUCCUUACAGCAUUUUUUUUCCUGAAAGAAAGCGCAACCAUUACCAUGUACAAAAAAUUGUAAAGGGCUCACUAGCGCAUGUCAGCAUUUUUCAGGAAAUGAAAGAGCAAUUGAAGCGCUGGGUGAGCCAUUAGUCCCUAUAGGAACUUUUGCUUAGAAUUGAUUGAUUGACUGAUUGUAUCUGCUUUUAUGCUGCCUCAGUCAAGCAAAUCUAAGUGGCUUAAAAAGCUAAAAGACAAUAGUCUGUUCAGACAGUACAAAUACAUGGUUCAGACUAUAAGCUUAUAAGUGAUACAGGAAUGAAAUAUUAUUCAUCGGGGAACAGAGCAUGAAAAUGCAUAAAAAGACAGUGAUAAAAGAAGAAGUGCUAAUUAGGAGGUUGGAAGGAGUUUAACACGUCUCUGUAAGGCGGUAUUUCACAUGGGUGCAAGCAGCUGUUCUUUGCUGCAAGCUUGUGGGAUAAUGUUUUUGGCAUGUUAGAGAUGAAGUUGGUAUUAUAGCAAUAUAUUAUUUUAGAGUGUGUUUCUAUUGUUCCAAAGUAAAUAACGCCAAGGGCUGCCUGUAGGUUUGGUCUUAUUUUUUUUGAAGGCCUGCCUACGGACACCACAGUUGCUGAUGUAUAUUUGUGUUGGAGGGCACUCGGCAUAUUUCGUUCCCUUCAGAUUCGUAGGGUUGACCCGCUUCCACCAUUUUGAAUUUCCAGGGCAGUUUAUCUGCUGCUGGUAACCAGGUUAGCCUUUGUGCUGAGCGGAAGGCUCAGGGUAGAAGCUCCCCUUCUGAAGCGCCAGGUGAGAGCAGGCCUGGUUCCCUCACAGCUUCCCCUUGGUGGCAGCUGUCAUUGCUCUGAGCCAGGAGAUUGGAUCGAGAGGGCCCCCCCCGAUACAGGGGGUGCUCCAGCUCUCUUUAGCCCGCGUGCCUUGAAAGCUACUUUCCAUAAUUUUGAUUUGUCGUUUUAGCCAGGACAGAAUUUACUCUAGAAACAGCCUUUAGUUCUUUUCUUCAGGUCUGAGCUGACUUGGAAAUAGCUCCCUUUUAAAAAGGUGUGGCUUCCUCUCCUCCUCCUCAGGGGUUUUCCCUCCCACACAUAGGUUAGCUAACCCUCCGUAGGAGUAACACUCGCUUUUCUUUGCUACACAGCCUCACACAGUUUGAGAGGAUUCAGGGCUAGGCUUGAACAGGUUUUGUGCAUCUAUUCUCAAAGUUCCAGGCUCAAUCUUUUUUUAUUUCUGGGGAAGACUAACCUGAAGUGCAGAUAUCUGGAAACCGCUAGAUGGCAGCAGAAAGAGAUGGGAAAUUAGCUUCUUGCUGCCAUCUUGUGCUGCUCUGGAUUAUGGCAGCCCUAAUUUGAUACCUUGAUUACGUUACUGCUUGUAAGUCAUUUACUUUUGUUUCCUUUUUCUUGGGGAUUUGUUAUAUGAACAUAAGUGGGAAAACAAGUUCCAGAUUCCAGCUACGUUUUGUUCCUCCUCCAACUUCCCAGGGUCCAAGCUAAUUAUUGCAUUUUUGGAGGAGUCUUUAUGCAGGGUGUCCUUUGGCAAUUAUUGGCUGGGCAUUGGCAUAAGCUUCUGUGUCCAGACCAGAGGCCUGAUGUCCCGCAACUUUCCCAUACACAAAGUCACAGCUUGGGAGCAACAGAUGCCACCAUGGAAGCCUUAAAUGGGGCCCCGUGAGAGGAAGUGAGGGAGUUUGGGGCAGCAGCUUGUGUUUCCUAAGUGGGGAAAGUGUGGCAAAACAGAGACAUCCCUUUCCCAGCCCAUAUGUGGCUGUGGGUGGGUGCAACUGCUAUAAGUGUCUCCUGCAAAAGUAACCAAUGCAUGUGCAGUGGCCCCACCCCCAAUAUGCAAUCCCCGUGCAAAAACUCACUGGUGCAACCUGCGUAAAACUGCAUGCACUCUUGGAUUGGCACAAAUAGUGCAAUGUUGCUUCCACCUCCAGAACUGUGAAAUCCUUUGAUAUCUAUCAAUGUCUUGGCAUUUACUAAUGUAUUUAUACUGAGGCAGAGAGCACAAUCUAAGAGAAAAUGCUUUAGUGUCACCUAUUUCCUUUCCCCUUCCUCUCCCCCCUCCCCUCUUCGUUUGUUUCAGAAAUUCUGUGGAUGCUAAUUUAUUUUUUAAAGAAAUCUAUGCAAACUGCUUAAUAAAAUUGUUUUCCUUUAUUCACUCUCUCUCCUCCUGGGCACCAUAACUUGCAUGUACAAGCCUAUUAAAACCUGUAAAAGGCUUUUCUUCCUGAGAAAUCUCAACUAGAAGGCUCUGUGUCUGUGGGGAGCUUCCUCUCUUCUAGGGCUGCAGAAGCUGUGGGGACCUUAAUGAACACGGUUGGCAGAGAACUAACUUUCUUCAGCUCCCAGAAAUGUCAAUGAUAACCUUUGUGUAACUGAGGGCCAGUUUCGGGGUUUCUUAAGCAGAGGAGGAGCACUGCUUCGGCC